CCCCCGUAGCAAAGCAUUGUGGGAAGGCAUAGAUCCGUGAAACCCUAAAGUAUGGCGGAUGGGGAAGAGCCGGCGAAGAAAAGACAAAGAAUAGAGGAGCAGCCUGAGAAGUUAGUGAUGAAAUGCUAAGCGCUGGCUGCAGAAUGGCACUGGAUGUUAGCAGCAGCAGCAGCAGCAGUGAUUGGGAUGGGAGAUGGAGCCAUGUGCAGAAGUUUCUGGAGAGGUCGGGACCUUUCACGCAUCCUGAUUUUGAACCAAACGAGGAGACGCUCCUGUUUUUAUUGGAUACAUGCAAAAUUCUGGUGAUUGGAGCAGGAGGUCUUGGCUGUGAGCUACUAAAAAACCUGGCACUGUCAGGAUUCCGGAAAAUCCAUGUUGUGGAUAUGGACACUAUUGAUGUGUCGAAUCUGAACAGACAGUUCCUCUUCAGGUCUAAGGAUGUCGGGCGUCCGAAAGCUGAUGUGGCAGCUGAAUUCAUCAACAGUCGAGUACCAGGAUGUCAGGUUGUACCUCAUUUCAAGAAAAUUCAAGAUUUUGAUGAAUCUUUUUACAGACAAUUCCACAUAAUUGUGUGCGGGCUGGACUCUAUUAUUGCUCGCCGCUGGAUGAAUGGAAUGCUGUUGUCAUUGCUAGUCUAUGAAGAUGGGGUUUUAGAUCAGAACUCUAUAAUCCCACUAAUAGACGGAGGUACAGAAGGAUUUAAAGGGAACCUGAGGGUCAUUUUGCCUGGAAUGACGGCCUGUUUAGAAUGCACACUGGAGCUGUAUCCGCCGCAGAUUAAUUUCCCAAUGUGCACUAUUGCAUCAAUGCCGCGGCUGCCUGAACACUGCAUCGAGUAUGUGAGAAUACUGCAGUGGCCCAAAGAGAAACCAUUUGGAGACAGUGUAGGUCUGGAUGGUGAUAAUCCUGAACACAUUCAGUGGGUGUUCCAGAAGUCUCUGGAGAGAGCAGCUGAGUUCAGUAUCACUGGAGUCACUUAUAGACUCACACAAGGAGUGGUUAAACGAAUUAUCCCUGCUGUUGCAUCUACCAAUGCAGUCAUCGCUGCUAUUUGCACUACAGAAAUUUUUAAGAUUGCUACAAGUGCUUAUGUUCCUUUGAAUAAUUAUCUAGUAUUUAAUGAUGCGUGUGGCUUGUACACCUACACCUUUGAGGCAGAGCGAAAGGAGGAUUGCUCAGCAUGUAGUCAAGUUCCACAGAAGCUACAAUUCCCGCCGUAUGCUAAACUACAGGAAGUGCUGGAGUAUCUGACAGAGAACGCCUCCUUACAAAUGAAAUCUCCAGCUAUAACUGCAACACUCGAGGGCAGAAACAGAACUCUUUAUUUACAGACUGUAGCUUCAAUUGAAGAAAGAACAAGGCCCAAUCUCUGCAAAACUUUAAAAGAGCUUGGAUUGGCUGAUGGACAGGAGCUUGCAGUGGCUGAUGUCACCACUCCUCAAACAGUCCUCUUCAAGCUUAACUUCACAUCCUGAACCCAACUCACGCUGGACACUAUAAAGUAGCUCCUUAGUAAUAGGAUACUGCACCAAGGGUGUCAUCUACAUGAGUGCCUCUGAUUUGCAGAAAAGUUGUAUUGGAUCCUAUUAGUUAAACUGAAUAAUAUUUAAGACUGUUUCAUUGUGUAAGUAAGGCACUUUGCAGUGUAUGAAUGCAACAUAUGUUUUCAUUUAUCACCUUAAAAAACUCAUUUGAAUAUUCAUUUCUAAACCAAUCUCAAAAGCCAGGUGAGGGUGAUGGAGAGAUUACUAGCACAUACAGCAUUCGACACUGGGUAUGAAGGUCUAUAUUGAGCAUCUAAUGGUGGUUAAAAAUGUUUAUUAAACAAGAUUUUUUCGUCCAUCUGCUUACCUGUAUAUAAUGCUGGUCACUUGUAUGCUUGUCAGUAAAAUGCUCUGUAAUAAAAGGAAGCGUUUGCA